CUGUGAUUGGUUAAUUUCGGACGAAUAAGUUAUUUUUCUAGUUGUCGUCAUAUUAGUUAUUUCUAUAUUAGACAUAUUUAUCGUCCUGUUUAUACAAUAGUAUUUGUUUAAAUAUAUUUGUUAUUUAUUGUCUGAUCAACGUAAACAAACAAAAUUGUUAAAGCUAUAAUUAACAUCAUUUAUAUUUGAAGUAAAAAAAAGUUGUAUACUAUAAAAGAAAAUGGAUAAUGACACCCCUUUGAUAUAUGGGCUUGAAUUUCAAACUAGAGCACUAUCGGCACAGACUGCAGAAACUGAUAUUGUUAGAUUUCUAGUAGGAACUCAAUCGUUAAAAUUUACUAACAAUCAAGUACAUUUAGUUGAACUUAAUGAAGAAACCAAUGGUUUAAACACUCAAGUAUUUCAACAUCCGAUAGGUGAAAUAUGGUCCUUGCAAGCAUCGCCAACUGAAUCUUCUUUAUUUAUUACAUGUUACAACAGUUUAAAUGAUGAAGGAACAUGUCAAAUGAAAGGAGCACUUUGGAAAUUACCUGAAAUUAAAGAAUAUACAAAUGACAGUAUACAGUUGGAGAUGCUAGCUGAAAUUGAUACAACAAAAUAUGGUACUGAUUUGAAAACUAUUGCAUAUCAUCCUAUGGAUGGUACAAAAGCUAUAUCAGUUGUAGAUAAUCGCUUUGCUUUAUGGGACCUUGCUAACAGUAGACCACAAGUUAUAGUAUCAGGUAUUUUGUCUGGUAAAAAUCUACCACGGUUUACAAAUGGUAAAUGGAAUCCUCACAAUGGAUGUAAUCAAUUUGUAACGUUAGAUGAAAAUAAUAUUCAAGGUUGGGAUUUAAGAGCUCCAUCUGAUCCUUCAUGGAUAAUUUCAUCAGCACAUUCACAAAUAAUUAGAGAUUUAGACUUCAAUGUGAAUCGGCAAUAUUUCUUAUCUACCUGUGGUGAUGAUGGAUAUAUGAAAUUCUGGGAUAUUCGAGUACCAAGUGAACCUGUCUUAUCACGUAUGGAACAUUCUCAUUGGGUGUGGAAUAUAAGAAUCAAUCGUUUCCAUGAUCAGUUGGUUCUAACAUCAAGUAGCGAUUCUAGGGUUAUAUUAUAUAGUAUCGUAUCUAUUUCUUCUGAACCAUACGGGCAUAUAGUUUCACCAGAAGAUGAUAAUGGACAAGGUGAUGAAAUAUGUCAAAAAGAUAAAUUAGAAGAUGGAGUUGUUGAAAGAUAUGAAGAACACGAAGAUAGUGUAUAUGCAGUGGAAUGGUCCUCUGCUGAUCCUUGGACAUUUGCUUCAUUGAGUUAUGAUGGCAGAUUAGUAAUUAAUAAAGUACCACGCAAAUACAAAUAUCGAAUAAUUCUCUAA